AAAUAAGAUUUUAAAUGAUAAAUUUUUAAAUACUCUUAUCACAUUUCCUCAUCCAAUUCUUGGUUCAACAGGUUCACGACUUUUGGAUGGAAAUUCAUCGUAUGCUGAAUCAUUAGACACAUUUCUUGCUGAAUUUCACAAUGCAGAAAGUGCAUUAAUGUUUACAUCUGGUUUUGACGCGAAUGUAGGAUUUUUUAGUAGUGUCCCACAACCGGGAGAUGCAAUUAUUAUAGAUGAGUUCGUGCACGCAAGUGUACAUGAUGGUGUGAGGAAUUCUAGAGCAUCAUUAGUUACAAGUUUCAAACAUAAUGACAUCGAAAAUCUUAAAUUAGUUUUAGAGAAUGUUAUAAGAAAAAUUGGUACAAAAAGUAAUAUCUUUGUGGCUGUGGAAGGCUUAUAUUCAAUGGAUGGUGAUUUUUCUCCUCUAAAGGAAAUCGUUGAAACCUUAAAACCAUUUAAUACAUACUUAUUCGUUGAUGAGGCAUGUAUUGAUCUAAAAAAUAGUUACAAAAUGAGUGUUGCCAAAAGAAAACUUGCCCAUUCAAAUGGCGUGUAUGGUUACCAAGGCAGAGGGAUCGUUUGUGAAUUAGGUUUGGAACGUCACGUGUUCGCACGACUACAUACUUUCGGCAAAGCAUUAGCUAGUAGCGGAGCGGCUAUUCUUGGUCCAAAAAUAUUAAGGUCAUAUCUAAUCAACUACGCGAGGCCAUUAAUCUUUUCUACUUUCUUAUCAUAUAACAACCUUAUAUCUAUAAAAUGCUCUUAUGAGGUCAUGUCUAGCGAAAUAGGUGAUCAGCUUCGACAAAAUUUAAUGAACUUAAUAAAAAUAUUUCGUUCAACUAUCAAAUUACCGCAUGAUGUUUUGUUACCAUCCACUAGUGCUAUCCAAGGAAUAAUUGUUCCAGGUAAUGACAACGCAGUAAAAUUAAGUCGUAUAAUUCAAAAGGCAGGAUACAAUGUAAAACCAAUCCGAUCGCCGACCGUCCCUGUUGGAAAAGAACGUGUAAGAAUUUGCAUACAUGCUGAUAAUACCGAAGAAGAAAUUUUAGGUUUAAUAAGCGUUAUUGAAGAUUAUUUUAAAGAGAAUAGGGGAAUAAGAAAUAAUCUUAUUUCUUCAAGACUUUAA